AUGAGUCGUCAAGUCAUCUCCGGCGACUGUCACCCAGUGGAGCAGAAAAAUGAUGACUUUGCAACUCUUUGGCAUCUGUCACCCGACAGAGAGGAGCUGAAUGGAGGUGGUGCGCGUGUCAGGAAGCUUCAUCUUCAGGUCCGCGCAGCAAGAGGAGGCUCUUCAUCGCAUCUAGUAUGCUUUCAAGAGGUGGCGACUCGUCUCUCGGCGGAUCGUCCUCUUCUUGAUGACGGCUUGUUCGUCGAUCAAUCAGAGAUGAUUUACUCGAUAGAUUGCGAUCCUUUUAUCGUGAAUCGUUUAGCAAUUUUAGUAGUAAUGCUCUGCAAAUUGCGUUGAUGAGAUUUUUGCCGAUGAUUCAGCGAUUAUUGUUACUUAAUCCUUCACUAGCGAUAUGUAAGAAAGUCGCAAUAAUCAAAUAAAAAUAUAUGAAUUUUAACUUUGGGAGGAUUCAAACCCUCACCGGUCACCCGCCUGUGAGGAAGGUGUGACACAGGUUUAGUCCCACAUCGGUUGUGCGCCGAUUUUUCGAACGAAUAUAUAGUAAUGUUAGCUUUGUAAGCAAAGUCACUACUCUCACGUGUAUGAUCACUCCUUGCUUCACAGCUUUUGACUUGCUUGCAAGCCCGACUGGCCGGCUGGUCCCCCCAUUUUGUAAUAUUUUUAUUUUUAUUCUUAUUCUUCAUUUAUCUCAAAAGUAAGACUGUAAAAAUCGUAUAAAAUCACAUAAUUACCCAAAAAUUCACGUCAGUCAACUGAAAACCACAAAUCAUACUUUAACACAAAUAUAAAUCUAUUUAUCAUGAGUUAAGGCUAAAACUAUAUUAUUUACUAAUUAUUAACUCAUGAUAAUGAAGACUUAUCACACCCCCCAACUUAAAUCAUUGCUAGUCCCUUAGUAAUAGAAUUACGAAAAUAAAAUUUUACAAAUCUCAAACAUCAUAUUUUAAUAUAUAUAUAAAAAUACAAUUCGAAAUGAUGGACCUUUAAACAAAUUAGAUUCUCAAUAUGCAUCUAAGAAUAAUAUUGAUCCUACAUUUCCUUUUUUUUAUUACUUGAUUUUUAAAGUUUGUACUAUAUUUCUUCCUUCUUUUUUUUUUAUAUAUAGUGGGUAAGUAGUUUUUCCUGUAGACAAGUUUCAACAAUAAGAAUGAUGUCUCACACCCUCCAUGUGUACUCUUCAUUUUCAAGGCUUUUAUUUUAUCUACUUAUUUUUCAGCAAGUGUUUUUCUAUGCACGAUUUUCGACAAUGAGAAUGAUGUCUCACACCCUCCAUGUGUACUCUUCGUUUCUAGAUUAAUCAACUGAAAACCACUUUUCAUGCUUUAACACAAAUAUAAGUCUAUUUAUCAUGAGUUAAGGCUAAAACUAUAUUAUUUACUAAUUAUUAACUCAUGAUAAUGAAGACUUAUCACACCCCCCAACUUAAAUCAUUGCUAGUCUCUUAGCAAUGGAAUUACGAAAAUAAAAAUUUACAAAUCUCAAACAUCAUAUUUCAAUACAGAAAAGAAAUACAAUUAGAAAUGAUGCACCUUUAAACACUUUGGAUUCUUAUAUCAAGUAUUUAAGAAUGAUGUCAAGCACUUAAAUGUUUAAACACUCCUUGGAAUAACAAUCUAGACUUCACUUCUUCUAUUCACAUCUUUAUCACUUCUUCACUCAUAGAUGUAUUUACAAGAUGUUCCAAUUAUCAAUACUCAUCCAAGAAUAAUAUUGAUCUUACAUUUCCCUUUUUCUAUGACUUGAUUUUUGAAGUUUGCACUAUAUUUCUUCCUUCUUCUUUUUUUUUUUAUAUAUAUAGUGGAUAAGUAGCUUUUCCUGUAGACAAAUUUCGACAAUAAGAAUGAUGUCUCACACCCUCCAUGUGUACUCUUCAUUUUCAGGGCUUUCACUUUAUCCACUUAUUUUUCAGCAAGUGUUUUUCUAUGCACGAUUUUCGACAAUGAGAAUGAUGUCUCACACCCUCCAUGUGUACUCUUCGUUUCUAGAUUUUUCACAUUGCUCUCUCUUUUUUUUUCGAAAUAAGUGAUUUCUCCUCAUUAAUCCUAUAGAUCAGGGUGCAAAAAUCUCCAUUAAAUUUAAAUGAUCAAUCAAAUUUUCACAUCAAGUAAAUACUAUCCAUUAAGAUCAUGAAGUGAAAAUUUGUAAAAUCAAAUCCAUGUUAUCUAUCAUGUAUCCAAAGAGUAUUCCAACAUUUCAUACUACUAGAUCAUUCUUUUGACUCAAUAAUAAUCUUCCUAGUAUCUUUUGGUAUCAAUCAAUCUAAUUGAUUUAAUUUUUCAUGCAUGUAAUAUGAUGUAAAGAAUUUGUAAAUUAGAUAGUUCUGACAGUUCUAUUUUCUUUUUUCAGUUUAUUUUUAGCCACAAUAAAUUUGUCAAAAAUAAAUCAAAACUAUCCUCUUUAUAGUUUUAAUUUCGAAUUUCAGUAAUAUAUAUCUAGGGGAUUGAAAUGUGAGAAAAGGGUCUUCUAGAAUUUCAAAUUUCAGGCUGUUUUUUGUCUACUGCUUUUGACAGUCUAUUGUCUUUGACAGAAAACCAGAAAAUAGAUGUUACAAUUUUUCUGAAUUUUAUUUUAUUUUUAUUUUUUUAGUUGCUGUUCUAAGUUGAAUAAAAUGCAAACACAUGUUCUUAAUCGUCCUACAGCAUAAAUUAAUAAUGAAUACUUCACCCCCCAACAUAAAAAUGACAUUGUCCUCAAUGAGAUAGAAAAAUCGAAACAGAAUAUGUAAAAAAUAUAAUUUUCAAGUAAAGCAUACAUAUCUGCAAAGUUAAUCAUUAAAAAUAUUUUCAUAAAUGAUGAAGCUCAAAAAGACAUCACCUCAACCUCGUUUUUAAUUUUCCACUUCAUCUUACACUCCUCCUCUUGCACUUUUCUAAAAAAAAAUAAAUACAAAAAUAAGUACUGUGAAAUUCUAAGAAAAAUAGAAUUUAAGCCGUUGUUCAUUUACCUUAAAGUUAUGAUCACUUUUAAGAUCUUUAAUCAUUACAGCCCCAUGAUCAUAUGUCUCUUCCACCACAUAAGGCUUUUUCUAUUUUGAUUUUAAUUUUUCUGAAAAUAAUUUCAGCCUAGAAUCAUAUAACCGCACUUUUUGUCCAACAUUAAUUUUUUUUCUACUAAUGUAUUUAUCAUGAAAAGUUUUAGUUGUUUUCUUUAUGUAUUCUAUGAUUUUCAUAAGCUUCAUUCCUCAACUCCUCUAGUUCAUGUAAUUAAAAAUUCUAUGCCCACCAGCUGAUUUUUCAUCCAUACAUAAAUUUUUUAUAGCCCAUAAUGCUUUAUGCUCUAUUUCCACAAGAAGAUGACAUGGCUUUUCAAAAAUGAGACGAAAUGGGGACAUACCUAUGGGAUUUUUAUAAGCUGUUCUAUAAGCCUAUAAUGCAUCUUGUAAUUUAGUGGGCCAAUCUUUCCUAUCUGGUCUAACUAUUUUUCUAAAAAUUCUCUGAAUUUCCUUAUUUGCUAUUUCAACUUGCCCAUUUGUUUGGGGAUGAUAUGGAGUGACUGCUCUAUAGCAUACUCUAUUCUUUUUCAAUAGUUCUCUGAAAUGUUUAUUUGUAAAAUGUGUUCCUCCAUCACUAAUAAUCACUCUAGGACAUCCAAAUCUUGAAAAAAUAUUUUCCUACACAAACUUCAUCACGAUUUUGGGCAAAUAUAUAGUAAUGUUAGCUUUGUAAGCAAAGUCCUCUCGCGUGUACGAUCACUCUUUGCCCCACAACUAGCUGGCCACCGGUGACGUGGAAGGGGAGUGGUGCACAUGUGGCCCCAUCAGUUCAAGCCACUCGGGCCUCAGCUCGCGGCUACUCCCCGACUGCACUUCCGACCCGCUUGCGGGCCCAAUUGGCUGGCAAGUUCUCCCAUUUUGCAAUAUUUUUAUUUUUAUUUUUUGUUAUUUAUUUAUCUCAAAAGUAAGAUUGUAAAAAUCAUAUAAAAUCACAUAAUUAUCCCAACAUUUACAUUAAUCAACUGAAAAUUACUAUUCACACUUUAACACAAAUAUAAAUCUAUUUAUCAUGAGUUAAGGCUAAAAAUAUAUUAUUUACUAAUUAUUAACUCAUGAUAAUGAAGACUUAUGACACUCUCCAACUUAAAUCAUUGCUAGUCCCUUAGCAAUAGAAUUACGAAAAUAAAAUUUUAUAAAUCUCAAACAUCAUAUUUCAAUAUAGAAAAAAAAAUGCAAUUAGAAAUGAUGCACCUUUAGACACUUUGGAUUCUUAUAUCAUGUAUUUAGGAAUGAUGUCAAACACUAAAAUGUUUAAACUCUCAUUGGAAUAACAAUUUAGACUUUACUUCUUCUAUUCACAUCUUUAUCACUUCUUCACUCAUAGAUGUAUUUAUAAGAUGUUCUAAUUAUCAAUACUCAUCUAAGAAUAAUAUUGAUCAUACAUUUCCUUUUUUCUAUGACUUAAUUUUUUAAGUUUACACUAUAUUUCUUCCUUCUUUUUUAUUUUUAUUUUUAUCUAUAGUGGAUAAGUAGUUUUUCUUGUAGACAAAUUUCGACAAUAAGAAUGAUGUCUCACACUCUCCACGUGUACUCUUCAUUUUCAAGGCUUUCACUUAAUCCACUUAUUUUACAACAAAUGUUUUUCUAUACAUUAUUUUCGACAAUGAGAAUGAUGUCUCACACCCUCCAUGUGUACUCUUCGUUUCUAAAUUUUUUACAUCACUCUCUCUUUUUUUUUUUGAAAUAAGUGAUUUCUCCUCACAAGUCUUAUGGAUCAGGGUGCAAAAAUCUCUAUUAAACUCAAAUGAUCAAUUAAAUUUUCACAUCAAGUAAAUAUUAUUCAUCAAGAUCAUGAAGUGAAAAUUUGUAAAAUCAAAUCCAUGUUAUUUAUCAUAUAUCCAAGGAGUAUUUCAACAUUUCUUGCUACUAGAUCAUUCUUUUGACUCAAUAAUAAUCUUCUUAGUAUCUAUUUGAUAUCAAUCAAUAUAAUUGAUUUUGAUUUUUCAUGCAUGCAAUAUGAUGUAAGAAAUUUGUAAAUUAGAUAGUUUUGACAGUUCUAUUUUCUAUUUUUAUUUCUAUUUUAGCACAAUAAAUUGUCAAAAAUAAAUCAAAACUAUCCUCUUUAUAGCUAUAAUUUCAAAUUUCAGUAAUAUAUAUCUAGGGGAUUGAAAUGUGAGAAAAGAGUCUCUAGAAUUUCAAAUUUUGGGCUAUUUUUUUAUCUGUUAUUUUUGAUAGUCUAUUGUUCCUAACAGGAAACUAGAAAAUAGAUGUUGUAGUUUUUCUGAAUUUUAUUUUGUUUUUAUUUUUUUAGUUGCUGUUCUAAGUUGAAUAAAAUGCAAACACAUAUUCUUAAUCGUCCUACAGCAUAAAUUAAUAAUGAAUACUUCACCCCCCAACUUAAAAAUGACAUUGUCCUCAAUGACACAAAAAAAUCGAAACAGAAUAUGCAGAAAAUAUAAUUUUCAAGUGAAUCAUACAUAUGUGCAAAGUUAAGUAUUAAAAAUAUUUUCAUAAAUGAUGAAGCUCAGAAAGACAUCACCUCAACCUCAUUUUUAAUUUUUCACUUCAUCUUACACUCCUCCUCUUGCACUUUUUCGAAAAAACAAAUAUAGAAACAAAUAUUGUAAAAUUCUACGAAAAAAAGAGCUUAAAAAAAUCAAACAUAAUAAAAAAAAAUCAUGGGUUGCCUCCCAUGCAACACUGAAUUUAAUGUCUUCAGUUGGACAGCUCUUAGAUCAUAUAAGAUGAUCUAUGGCCAUCAAAAUAUAUUUGUAUCCCAAGGUAAGUUUCAUGAUAUGCUUUUUCAGAUUUAGCAUAAAUUUAUAUACUUCAUAUAUAUACCUUGACAUACUUUCAACUAAAAAAAAAUAGAAAUUAAUAAAUUUUUUCUCAAAAAUAAUAUUUUCAUUUUGAAAAGAAUCUUUCCUUAUUUCUAUCUUUUUUGGUAAGGCUCUCAUUCAUUAAUAAAUACUUUCUAUUAAUAGACCAUAAAAUGUGAUCAGGGCAUAUAAUUUUUGAAUUAGCUCUUACCCAAUCUAAAUUUUUUUCAUCUAAAUUGAUAUCUCUAAUUCUUCCAUUCACCCAUUCCUUAAUGUCUUCUAUUUUCAUAAUCUUCCCCUACUCCAUUUUAUCUUCCAUACAUAUUUGUUCAAUUUGUGAGGAGUGAAAUAUUUCAAGCUUAGAAGUAAUUCUAAUGGGCUGUGGGUUUUGAAGGAUGGAAAGAUUGUCUUAUUUAAUCUCAAAUCUAAUGAAUUCAGUAAAAUUAAACUUUUCCCCUUCAAAAUUAUCUCUAUAUUCAUAUCCAUUAUUUUUGUUUCUCCCCAUUACUUGAAUCAACUCUUUUUCUAGUUUUUCAUUUCUCAACUUAUCAAAUUCUUCAUUUUCUCAAGAGCUAUCUUUUAAUUUCAGUAUAUGAUAUACAUCAUCAUCUUCACUAUCAACAUCUAUGGCUGCAAAGUUAUGAUGAAAUUUAUUAAUUUUGUCUCCUACAUUUCCCAAAUCAACUAGUUUUUCCUCACCUAGAACAUAUUUCUCUUCAUUUCUGUCCUUACUCCCUUCUACUAAAAUUUAGAUGAUUUUUCCAUGAUCAACUAUUGUUUCUUCAUAUAAGAGCUCUUUCUUCUCAUCAUCAUCACUAUAUUCAUUAAUCAAUUGUGAGCAAUAAAUAAUUUUAUUCAAAUUUUCUACUACUAUAUGUUCAGUGUUAAUAUUCUCAUUUAUUUCUAAUGGUUCAUCAAUUUCUUCUAAUAAUUAGAAAUAAGGAUCAAGUAAAAUAUUCUCACUCAAUGUAUUCAAUAUCCUAACAUUUUCAUUUCGUGGGUUUUUUUUAAAAUUUAUCUAGCUUGACUCUCCUUACUAAAAUCCUAUUGUUAGGUAGUUCCUUGGAUUUUUUAUAGGUUGACUAGGUAGCUAUCCUUCUUCUCUCUUAUUCUCAAAAGCCUCUAUAAUUUAUUUCUGGUGUAGCAUUAUUUGAUUCAUAAUUUGUUACAUCAUUUGAUUCAUAGUUUAUUGCAUCAUUUGGCUCAUUUGCUGCAUCAUUUCAGUAGUGUCAUGUUGGGUUUGAGAGGAUUGAUUUUUCUGAAAUUUGUUUUCUUAUUUUGGACAAAAUUUAGAGUUUGAAUUGGGUCUAAGUACUUCUGAAUUUUGAAUAUUAUUUGGGUCUCUCCAUGAAAAAUUAUUUCUCAAAUUAGGAUUAUAAGAAUUUGAAAAAGAUUCUCAGUUUCUAUUAAAACCGUGAGCUACUUGCACUUGUUCUUGCAUAGAGUGAAAUGAUUGAUCAUAAUUAUAGCAUUGAAAUUUAGAAUAAUCAUUUUCACCAUACAUAGGACAUGUACUAUGUGAAUUAGAUUGAGAGUUAAGAGGCUUUUUAAUAUUGUCAAUAAGUAAAUCAAGUUUUUCUAAUAUUUGAUUAAUCUGAUUAACCUCAUUUCUAAAUUUAAAAUCAUCAUCAUGAUGUAAUUCAUAAAUUCCUCUCUUCUUAUCCCCAUCAUAUAAUUCAAAAAAGGCUUGAUGUGUAGAAUUUUCACUUAAAUUCUCAUAAAGACUAUAAAUCUCAUCAGAGGUUUUCUCCAUAAAAAUUCUUCCACAUAUAGAAUCAACCAUAUUUCUAUGUUAUUCUAAUAAUUUAUCAUAAAAAAUUCUAUUGAGCUAUCACUUGGGUAUAGCAUGAUGAAGACAUAUUCUAAGUAAAUUUUUGAAUUUUUCCUAUGUCUCAUACAAAGUUUCUCCUGGUCUUUGAGAAAAUUUUCAUAUAUGUUUUCUCAUAUUUUGAGUUUUUCCUAAGGGAAUUUUUUUUUGAAGAAAAGUCUAUUCUAUGUCUUUUCAGCUAAUUAAUUCUCUAUCUAAUGUGGAUAGCCAAUGACUAGCUUUGUCCUUAAGUGUAUGAGAAAAUAAUUUUAUCUUAAUAAUUUUCAGUAUAACUUGAGGGAGAUUAAUUAAAUCACAUACCAUAUAGAUUUUUUCUAAGUGGUAAUGAGGUUCCUCUAAAGAUAAUCCAUGAAAAUUUGGGAGUAUUUGAAAAAUUCUUAGAUUUAUUUUGAAUUUAAUAGUGGGUGCUAAUGGGACUCUAAUAUUUGAUGCUCUUUAAAAUGAAUCAGGGAUAUAAUGAUUUUUCAUGGCCAUAGUAUUAUUCUCAGUUUGACCUAUACUUCCUUUAGGAUCUAUCAAAAUUAAUUUUCUUUCGAAUUUUUAGUCUUGAAUUAAAUAAUGAAAAGAUUUUCUAGCCUUGGAUGCAAGGAUCUUCUACCAUGCAUAAAAAAUCAAUAAAUUUGAGGGAAAAGUUUAGUAAUUGUUAUCCUCCUUUAGUAUGCUCCAGUCCUUGCCUUGCUUCUUUUCGUUCCUUUUUUCUUAAAUAAAUCAGUCAAAAGAAAAUAAAACAAAAGUUAAAUUUUUUUGUAUACUCUAAGAAAAAAUAGAAAAAUACUAAAUAUUAUGCAAUAUAUCCCUAUCAACAGUGCCAAAAUUUGAUGUGACUCAGUCAUUGUAUAGUAAAUCAUGUAAAUUUAAAAUUUAUAAAACUAGAAAAUAUGAUUUUUUGAAUAUUUAUAAGUAUUUCUGAACAAAUAUAUCAAUUAUAAUUUAAUAAAACAAUCAAAAAUAGCAGUAGUUUUUCAAGUCGAUCAAAGGGUUGAAAUAUAAUAUCUAGUAAUUAUUAUGAAUUUUUCUCAAUGAAUAUGAUUUUCUAUAAAUUUUAUACUAGGAAAUAAAAAGGAAAUAUAUUUAAAAUUUACGAAAAAGUGAAAUAAGGGUGUAGAAAUAGAGUUCUACUCGACAAUUCUUACGUAAGUGAUUACAAAUGAUUUAAUUAAUCAAAUUAAGAUCGGUAAAAGCAAAAGAAUCGUAAUAGAACAAAGUACAUUUUGGUAAAUUAAAAUCACAAAAAUUAGCACUAAAUGAAGUGUAAAGUAAAUUGAAAGCAAGAAAAUAAAGUUCCGACAUUGCAACGGUGAUAUGUCAGUGAUGCACCAUAAUCUUGAUCAUUUGAGAGGAUCGUCAUGUAGUGUCUACAGCCUCAAAGGCUCUCCUUGGACAAACACAACGUGGACAAUCUUUAGAUCUCCUUGCGAAGUUUAGAGAUUAAUGAAAUGGGUCAUCGAAUCGUCUCUAGUAGGUGUCACCCGGUGGAGCAGAAAAGCAGUAACUUUGCGGCUCUCCGGUGGCUGUCACUUGAUGGAGAAGAGUUGGAUGGAGGUGGGGCAUGUGUCAGGGAGCUUCAUUUUCAGGUCCGCAUAGCAAGAGGAGGCUCUUCAUCACAUUUGGUAUAUUCUCAAGAGGUGGUGACUCGUCUCUUAGUGGAUCAUCCUCUUCCCAACGAUGGCUUAUUUGUUGAUCAAUCGGAGAUGAUUUACUCGAUGGAUUCAUGAUCUUUUUAUUGUGAAUCCUUUAGUAAUUUUGAGUAAUAAUGCUCUGCAAAUUGUGUUGACGAGAUUUUCGUCGAUGAUCUAGCAAUUCUGGUUGCUUAAUCCUUCACUGGCGAUUUGUAGGAAAGUCGUGAUAAUCAGAUAAAAAUAUGAGUUCUGGCUCUAGGAGGAUUUGAACCCAUGCUGGUUGCCCCCACCUCUUAUGAGGAAGGUGAUGAGUUUAGUCUCACAUCGAUUGUGUGCCAAAUUUUCAGGCAAAUAUAUAGUAAUGUUACAUUACUAAGCAAAGUCUCUUUCUUGCGCAUGUACAACCACUCCUUGCCCCAUAGCUAGCUGGUCACCGGUAAUGUGGAAGGGGAGUGGUGCACACAUGCCUCCAUCGAUUCAAGCCGCUCGAGCCCCAGCUCGUGACUACUCCUUGACUACGCUUCUGACCUACUUGCGGGCUCAGUUGGCCAGUGGGUCCCCCUAUUUCGCAAUAUUUUAAUUUUUAUUUCUUGUUCUUUAUUUAUCUCAAAAGUAAGACUAUAAAAAUCAUAUAAAAUCACAUAAUUACCUAAAAAUUUAUGUUAAUCAAUUCAAAACCACUUUUCAGUCGUUGUAUAUUAAAUCAUAUAAAUAUUAAAUUUAUAAAACUAGAAAAUACAAAUUUUUGGAUAUUUAGAAGUAUUUCUAAAUAAAUCUAUCAAUUAUAAUUCAAUAAAAAUUCCAAAAAUAGCAAUAAUUUUCUAGGUUGAUCACACGGAUGUAAUAUAAUAUCUAGUAAUUAUUAAAAUGUUUCUCAAUGAAUACAAUUUUCUAUGAAUUUUAUACUAGGAAAUAAAAAGGAAAUAUAUUUAAAAUUCACGAAAAAGGGAAAUAAGGGUGCAGACAUCAGGAUGAUGUCAGCACCCGGCGAGCGCGAAUUAGGCAGAAAUAGGGUUCCACUCAGUGAUUCUUACGUAAGUGAUUAUAGAUGAUUUAAUUGAUCAAAUUAAGAUCUAUAAAAGCUAGAAAAAUCAUAAUAGAAUAAAGUCUAUUUUAGUAAAUUAAAAACACAAAAAUUAUCACUAAAUGAAGCACAAAGUAAAUUGAAAGCAGAAAAACAGAGAUCCGGCAUCGCGACGGCAAUGCGUCGACAAUGCACUGGAAUCCUGAGCAUUCGAGAGGAUCGUUGUGUAGUGCCCUUAGCCUUGAAGGCUCUCCUUGGACAAAGAAGGAGCUUGUCAAGAAGGCUCGCCUUGAAGGUGCGCAUGUCAGGAAGCUUCAUCCUCAGGUCUGCGCAGCAAGAGGAGGCUCUUCAUUGCAUCUGGUAUGCUCUCAAGAGGUGGCGACUUGUCUCCCGGUGGAUCGUCCUCUUCCCAACAACGGCUUGUUCGUCGAUCAAUCGAAGAUGAUUUACUCAAUUGAUUCGUGAUCCUUUUAUCGCAAAUCAUUCAAUAAUUUUAGUAGUAAUGCUCCGCGAAUCGUGUUGACGAGAUUUUUGUCGAUGAUCCAACAAUUCUCAUUGUUUAAUCCUUCACCGGUGAUCUGUAGGAAAGUCACGAUAAUCAGAUAAAAAUAUAUGAACCCGCGCUAGUCGCCCGCCUGUGAGGAAGGUGUGAUGCGAGUUUAGUCCCACAUCAGUUGUGUGCUGAUUUUUCAGGCGAAUAGAUAGUAAUGUUAGCUUUGUAUGCAAAGUCCUUCUCUCGCGUGUACGACCACUCCUUGCCCCACAACCAGCUGGCCACUAGUGACGUGGAAGGGGAGCAGUGCACACGUGCCCCUAUCAAUCCAAGCUAAGCUACUCGAGCCCCUGCUCGUAGCUACUCCUGGACUACGCUUCUGACCCGCUUGCGGGCCUGGCUGGUCGGCGGGUCUCCCAUUUUGCAAUAUUUUUAUUUUGA